AUGGGCCAUAAAAUCGAAAACAUUAGUAGAAAGUUGGUUGAGAUCAAUAAACAAGCAAACGAUUUGGGAUUACAAAACGAACAACCUCCUGGGCCUGUUCCAGGUAGUCUCAACCCAUAUUUCGAGGAAUUCAAAAUUUUUAGGAGGGAGAAUGAUGAACAGCGUAUCAUACAACUUUUAACCCAAUUAAGAAAAGAAGAAACACUUACUAUUGUUCCCAUUGUGGGAAUGGGCGGGGUUGGGAAAACCACUUUGGCCAAGUCAAUCUACUACAAUAAUCCAAAAAUUGAGCAUCAUUUUGAUGUUCAAGCUUGGGUCUGUGUAUCGGUUAAGAGUAAUGUCAACGCUCUUCUCGCAAAGAUCUAUAAAUCUCUUGCCAGAGAGGAAUGUAAGUCACAAAUGAGGGUCAAUUUAAUUACAAAUCUUCGAAACAAGUUGGGAUCUAAAAGAUAUUUGCUUGUCCUAGAUGAAGUGUGGAACGAAGAAUAGGCACAUUGGGAUGAUCUCAGGAGUUGUAUGUCAAAAGUAAACGUAGAGACUGGAAGUGGCAUUCUUGUCACUACACGGAAUCUUGAAAUCGGAACCAAGGCUAUGAGUGAGGAUUUCCAUGCUUUGCAAACUCUUUUUGAUGACUGGUGUUGGUCAAUCUUUAGAGAAAAAUCAUUUCUUGCAGGACGAUCACCAUUGCCCGAAUUGGAUGAGAUAGGGCAUGAAAUUGUGAAAAAGUGUCGUGGUUUACCUUUGUUGGUAAAUGUAAUACAAGGCAUGUUACGAAAUUACAAUAUUGACAAAGAGAAGUGGUUGUCCAUCCAAGAUAGCAAAGUUUGGGAUCUAGAAGAUGAAGGGGACAGAAUCCAAAACAGCUUGAAACUCAGCUUUGAUAAUGUAAGUGGUCAGCCCAAGAAGUUAGCUUGA